AUGCCAUUCAUGCCACGGACAGCUGCGCUGGCAGCCAUCGUGCUCAUCAUUUCUGCGCCUGCAGAAUGCGCCAAAGGUGGAGAGUUUUGCAAUGCCUUCAGGGGCAAGUGCCACGGAAAUCUUGGCCAAUUCAUGAGCCACACCCUGCUGAGUGAGACUGGCACCCGUGCUUCAGAAGUGGUUGACUUCGCUCUUGCUGACUGGGACCGUGAUGGUGACUUAGAUUUAGUCUUGGUCGCCUUGGCCAGAAAUAACCAUUCAUCGUUUAGCUCCCAUCUUCGGUUUUUCGAGAAUACAGCGGGGAACCUCAGCGAGAGGACGGGAUGCAGCAACCCAUUCGGGAACAUAUCUAUCAACUACACAAGUGAUUGGGGGAUUGGUAGACCCCAAGUACUGAAACUGGUUGAUUGGGAUGGAGACAACAGGACUGACCUCAUUAUUGCAUCAGGAGAUUUAUUAAACCAUUUGGGCAACUUGCGGUAUUUCCAGCAGGCUCCCGAUGGGCAGCUUCUUGAGCUGACGGGAGCCGACAGCCCGUUCCAUAUGAUCAGCGCUGUCGAGUUUGAGACGGCCGAUUGGGAUGAGGAUGGUGAUCAGGAUCUGUUUGUUCCUUGUGGCCGUGGUUAUUCCCACCGCACUGGCUGGUGUUAUUUCGAGCAACUCCAAAACAGCAGCCUUUCGCCCAGGACGGGCGUGGCCAACCCCCUGUCUGGCUUACCAAUUGACAGAGGCAACCGUGUUCAGGCUGUUGAUUGGGAUGGCGAUGGAGAUCUAGAUAUUCUCUACUCGCGCUACCUUUCAAGUCCGAAGUUGUAUUCGCGAGCUGCAGACAUGAGCCUUGUUGACCGAGGCGGCAUGGAUUUCCUCCGAGCCGGAUUCGACAGUGUUGUUGUAGCGGCUGACUUCGAUGGUGAUGGAGACUGUGAUGUAGUAAAAAUGGAGAAGCAUUGGUCAGAUGGUCAAGUGACGAGCUUUGAGUUCCUGGAGCAGGUACCAGACCCAACCCUCAAACAGCGUUCAGGGACUGACAAUCCUUUUGCAGAAAUCCAAACAGACGGCGCGGUUUUCCCAGAGUUCGUAGAUUGGGAUGGAGAUGGCGAUGUUGACUUGUUGCUUGGCACAGGUAUGGGCAGCAUGCGUUUUUUUGAAAGGCGUGCUGAUGGCACCGUGGAAGAAAAGAUCGGCACUCUGAAUCCCUUCCACGCUGUCAAUGUCAGUGGGCGUGCAGUACCCAAGGCCAUCGAUUGGGACAGCGACGGUCAGUUGGAGCUUGUGGUAGGGGCGAGAGAUGGAAGUUUGCAUUUCUUCAAGCAAACCUCCAACGGAUCGCUUUAUGCACUCACAGGCCAAGCCAACCCAUUUCAAAAUCUUACAGUGCGUGGAUUCGCGGCACCAGAAGUCGUUGAUUGGGAUGGUGAUGGCGACUUAGAUCUCUUCCUUGGCAGCUCGACGGGGCGCGAUUUCGAAACAGACGGCUGUGGGGUGUUUUACUACGAACAGUUGGACAAUGCAACCUUUCAUGGUCGAUGCUUUUUGACUUUGACACAGAAGAAUUACAUCGUUUUCUAUGUUGCGCCAAGAGCUGGCGACUGGGACCGAGACGGCGACGUUGAUCUUCUACUCAUUGGGAGUACAAAAGUGGAUUCAAUGUUUCCACCCAACAUUUGGUACUUUGAGCGCCUAGCAUCGGACAGUUUCAGCGAAAGUUGGUCCGAACACUCAAUGAGCAAUUAUUUGGAAGUCGGUCCCUUUGCGGGCCUUCCUGCCUGGGGAGCACGAGUCAGCAUUGCAGACUGGGACAAGGAUGGGGACUGGGAUGUUCUGCUUGGGCUGCAGUAUUUUGAAGGUGGCUGGUGCAAGAGCCCGGGCUCCUGCCAACAUGGUAUGUGUGAUCCGGCAACUGGUACGUGCAAAUGCUGGACAGGCUACGAUCAGGCCGAUUGUUCCGGUUGUGGUUCUGGAUAUUUCCGUAUUGGCAAGUCGGCGGUGUAUCAGCCAACAGAAGUCGCCUUGACAAGGAAGUGCAGCCCGUGUCCAGGCAUUCUCCUGCAUGGCACCGCAUGCUCUUCAAGAGGCCAAUGCCAUGAUGCUAAACAUGCUCAAGAGCUUGCACUUGAGAUGAGUCCUUCAUCCCGUGCCUACAUCAAUCUAACUGCCUUUGGGGAAGGCGACUGUGAGUGUUCUGCCCCGUUUCAUGGCAAGAGUUGUGAACGCGGGGAAUGCGGUGCUGGCUUUGAGUAUGUGAAGAGCGAACUUUGGAGCUGCAGGCCAUGCCCGCCGGGCUAUUUCAAGCCAGGCGCCGGCAAUGGCGAUCGCUGCGAGCAAUGCUUGAAGGGACACUUUGCAGAGUUCCACGGUAGCUUUUCUUGCGAUGAAUGCACGCAUUUUCUGUGGCGAGUAGAGGUCACUCAAGACAGGGCAGGCUGCCAAUAUUCGCACAUGAAUGUGUACAUAGGGCUGCCUCUCGUUUUGGUCUCGAUGCUGCUGUUUCUCCCACUGCCUUUCGCAUGUAGCUUGCGCAUGGUUAUUUUGGACAUCCGGACUCUCGGGGAUCGCGUGCAGGUUACAACCAAUGGUCAGCACUACAUUCUCUCCCGGGCCGGUCAAGUCAGAGUAUCUUUCCGUGGCACGAAGAUUCCUUGGCUUGAUGAUUCCAGCAAAGUCUACUAUGCGCGGGUAGAGGACUACUCGAAGUUGUCUCUCCACAACAAAGAUGGUUCGAAAGCAAUGCUUCCAGUGUCCGAGACGUCAAGAGGUGAGAUGCGCUUGCUUUGGCGUGAUGCCGUUCUUGGAGUCGGGCUGCUGAACAUUCCCUUUAUUUGUUGGUGGUUUGUUUCGCAUUACUGGGGUGGUUCCUUCAGUCAGUUUGUUGAGGCAUUGCAGAAGCAUUCGCGAGGGGGUGCUUGCACGCAACUGUCCUAUUGGAUUUGCACCUUCAGCAACAAUCAGUGGAAGGUGAAGGAGGAGCUUGGUGAGACGUGGGAACAUUCAUCCUUUUAUCUUGCGCUGCGGAGCGGCCUUUGCAUGGGGACACUCCUGGUACUCGAUGAGGAGGCAAUGCCAUUGACCAGAUCCUGGUGCUUGUUUGAGCUCUUGCAGACUGCAGUUUUGUCGCAUGAGAAUGCUGACUUUCAGGGGCUCUUGCUAUGCACCCAUUCUGGAGUGAUGAAUUAUGGGCAGAGUAACAUGGACAUGGCCAUGAGCGUUUCCGAGAAGCUGUCUACUUUGCGUUUGGAGGAUGCUAGCGCCAGCGUGCAGUCAGACAAGGAGAUGAUUGAUGACCUCGUGCGCCAGCAGCCAGGUGGCUUCACAGCUAUCAAUCAGUACUUGGUUGCAGCAGUCAGGGGCGCACUGACUGCAUUGCAACGCCGCUUCCAAAAUGAUCUCAACAGGCUCCAGGUGAAUUUGGUAGCAGCUGACGGCAGUCUCAGACCAAAUUAUGCUUUCUUCAGUGGCGCUAUCAGCAGCGCAGAUGGCCGUUCAUCGGUCUCAGAGGCGAGCCGUUCAGCAGCAAGUGUUGAAGCCAUCAGCAGGGAUGAAAUACGGUCCUCCUCACUCUGGCAUCGUGCGUACUGCCUUGCUGAGAAGGUGUUGGAAGCCAGCAAAAUCUCGAAAACCUCGACUGAGGUCCAGUCAGUCCAGUCUCAAGGGCGCUUCUGUUUGCAUCAAUUUGCGUCUCUGGCAUAA